AGAGAAAGAAAGAGGAAUGCACGAGCAGAAGGAACGGAGCAACGAAUUCAGGUCUUGCUACAAAGAACGUGAAUCAGUGGAUCCAGUUGACCUGUUAAUCUCGAGGUAGAAAGAAAGUCCGGAUGAUUUGCGUGACCUGCGAAGUAGACGGAAGUGGCUGGUGACCAGGAUCGGAGAAGAUGUGGAGGAAUCGCGGACUUGAAGUGCAAGAAUUUCGACGAAUGCGUGGAGCAAUGAGGAGGGCGAGGACGAGGACGACAACUGCAGUGGGCUUGACCGAGGUCGAAUGCAAGAGAGAAGAUGAGGUGAAUCGAAGAAGUUGAGCGGGUGCUCGUGAAGCGCAAUUCGUUGGUGGUGAAGUUUGUGGAACUGAGAAGGACUGUUGGAUUGCCCGAAGCCGGCGUGGAUUGCAGGAGUUGGUGAGGAUCAUGGGUCUCGGUAGGGCUAGCGCUGGCUUGGAGAGCUUGGAUUAGACUGGGCAAGGGGUGGAGGAGUCUGUCGGCCAAGAUCGAAACAAGCAGUCCUCAAUGGAUCCGCUCUCAGAUCCAAUGCAUCUGCUCUCAGAUGCUUGGCACACUUUGCGUAUGUCCGUUCAGCAUCCUUCCAGGGUGCGCACCUGGGACGCCAUCGUCCUGACCGCUGCGAGCCCUGACCAAGCUAAGCUCUAUCAAUUGCAGCUGGAACGGGCCAAGCAAGUCGGUGUCAUAGCCCGUGCAACAAUCAUUUUAGCCGUUCCAGAUCCAGGGAGCCAGAGGAUCGGAUCGGGAGCUGCCACACUUCAUGCCAUUCGCAGCCUUAGCAGCCACAUUGCUUCGAACCGAAAUGCAUCGGAGGAGCUUAAGAUUGAUGAUGUGGUACUUGGAAUGCACGUCUUGCUACUUCAUACCGGUGGAGAUUCGAAAAGAGUUCCGUGGGCUAACUGCAUCGGAAAGGCCUUCGUUCCCCUACCAUUUCUUGCAGAUGAGGACCCGGAUGCAUCAGUUCCCACCUUAUUUGACCACAUACUGGCUAUUUCUGCACUUGCUCUCCAAGCUUUCUCAGGAAAAGGUGGUCUGCUGAUCAUGACGGGAGAUGUUCUACCUUGCUUCAAUGCAUCAGGGCUUGCUCUCCCUGAAGAUGGAGUGUGCGUGGUUACUGUACCAUGUGCACUUGAUUUAGCCUCUAAACAUGGAGUAAUUCUGUCUUCCUCUUGGAAGAAGGGAGCUGCCCCACCAAUGAGGUCCUCCUCCGGGAAAAGUGCCAACAGAAGACUCUUUCUGGUUGAUGAUCUCUUACAAAAGCCAAGCACGCAGGAAAUGUUUAACAGGGGUGCAGUGAAUAAAGCUCGAAGGGUAUUACUCGACACAGGUAUCUUUGCUCUGCAUGGCGCAGCUUGGCAGGACAUGAUUCGCUUGGCUACUGUACACCCAAACCCGGUUGAUGAAGUAAUCACCAGUAAGACAGAAAUCAGCUUGUAUGAGGAAGUGGCUGGGGCUUGGGUACCAGCACGUCACGCAUGGCUGCAAGAUCGUCCACUUGGCAAGACACUAAUAGGUGGUCUUGGUGCCCAGAAGUUGCAGUCCUACUGUGCUUAUGAGAUGAAGUUCCUACAUUUUGGAACCUCCGGUGAAUGUUUAGAUCAUCUGGCGGUAAAUUAUGUUGGCACUGUUGGAAGAAGGCAUUUUAGCUCUAUUUCUAGCCCUUCAGAAAGCGAGGUGGCUGCAACUGCAGUUGUUCUUACCUGCAAUAUUCUGGGAGGUGUAUCUAUUGGAGAUGAGAGUCUGGUCUUUGACUGCACCUUUGGUAGUGGUGUGCAUAUUGGAGCGCGGUGUGUCGUGAUGAACAUCCACAGCAACUUGAUCGGAACUGACAGCUCGACGCACACUGUGAUAAACGUUCCAAGUUGGCACUGUGUGUGGGACGUGCCUCUUAAACGGAAGAUGGACCAUCGAGUUACUUUGUGUUGCGGCAUCGAUGAUAAUCCGAAGGCGCCUUAUAAGCAAGGAGGAACAUUCUGUAGAAAACCUUGGGUUCAGUUCAUGUCCGACUUGGGAAUAAUGGAGAAGGAUUUAUGGCCUUCUAGCACAGUCAGUCAGGAUUUGUGGAAUGCGAAAUUGUUUCCAGUAGCAAAGGUGGGAGUCAGUAUUACUUUUGCUCUUUGGAUGAUGGGAGACCCUUCUUGGGACAAGAAAGCAAUGUUAAGCAACUGGCGGAACUGCACCCGUUUAAGUUUCGAAGAGCUCCAUUCUGAAUUGAACUUUGAUUCAUUUCAAUUGGAAGUGAGCAAGCAUCGAGCAGAGAUCGCUGCUGGAUUUACUAAAGCAACUGUUAUCACUGGCUCGAUGGGCCGGAAUCUGGCAAGGCUUUCUUUGGCAAUGCAAGGAAACACAGGACUGAAGAUUCUUAAAGAACUGUUGCCUCUAUGUAAGCCCUCCACGAUGGGUCAGGUGCCGGCCAGUAGAGCUUAUCAGGCUCAAUCAGAUAUACACAUGGCGUGUGGGGAUAAAAGCGCCGCAGCUGCUAUAGAACCAUCGAUAUGGCAGGCAGUCGCGUUGGAAACUGAGAGAGCCGUGGGGACCCAAACACCAGGCACAGAAUCGCAGUCACGGUUUGGCACUCGCUAUCUAGGCCUGAACACUGGAUCUCUUGGCACACCUUCUGUAAGACAAGUGAAGGUGGAGCUACCUGUGCGCGUUGAUUUUAUGGGUGGGUGGAGUGACACCCCACCUUGGAGUCUGGAGCGCGUAGGCCGUGUGCUCAACAUGGCUGUCGCCUUAGAGGGCUCGAGCGUCGUUGGCGCUGAAGUGGUCGUGAAGGAUUCCCCGGGUGUAACCUUGAACGACGACGCUGGAAAUGAGGCAAGUGUUGGAGACCUGUCUGCUGUGUGCUUUCCCCUCGAUGCUGAGGAUCCCUUCCGACUGAUAAAAGCGGCUCUUAUCGUCAUGGGCAUCACUCGUGACGAGUUCAAAGUGGGCCUCGACAUCAGGACUUGGGCAAAUGUUCCUCGUGGAAGUGGGCUGGGAACUUCCAGUAUACUCGCGGUUGCAGUGGUGAAGGGAUUGCUAACAGUGACCGGAGGCGAUCUCUCAGAAAGCAACGUAGCAAAUUUCGUGCUUCUCGUAGAACAAUGUAUGGGCACAGGCGGUGGUUGGCAAGACCAGAUUGGGGGUCUGUAUCCAGGCAUCAAAUGCACCACCAGCUAUCCCGGCACGCCACUGACAUUCAAAGUCGAGCCUGUCGAAUUGGGCAGUAAUCUGGCGUUCGAGUUGGAGGAGCGGAUGGUCCUUGUGUUCACUGGGCAGGUUAGAUUGGCUCACAAGGUUCUGGAGAAGGUGGUGCGACGCUACUUGCAACGAGACGCUCGUGUGAUUCUCAGCAUCAAGCGCUUGGCAGAGCUUGCGAAGAUAGGUCAAGACACACUCGCCAUUGGCGAUCUGGAUAAGUUUGGAGCAUUAUUGUGUGAAGCGUGGAAAUUGAACCAGGAACUUGAUCCUGAAUGUAGCAAUCCCUUCGUUGAUAGCUUGUUCAAGAUGGUUGCCCACUUAAGUUGUGGAUAUAAGCUCGUUGGUGCUGGUGGAGGUGGAUUCGCAUUAAUUUUAGCCAAAUGUACACAAACUUCGAAACAGAUCAAAGAAAUGAUGAGCGAAGUUGGCUCUCCUGUGAAGGUUUAUGAGUGGAAGAUCCACUCUCAAGUGUAGUGUUACCACGCUUCGAAACUAAUUCAUUUUGCGAAGGUCCGGAGUUGCAAGCAGAACUUCGUUUACUUCAAUGUUACUGGGCAAUAGUAUUUCUCGAUAGCAGGACAGACGCAAGCCCUGCCGGUUUUUCGCUGCUAGAUUUCCCUUCAACUUUGCAGUCGACUGCAUUCGCAGACGGGGCCAGUUCUGAAAGCGAGGGGACUAUGUUGUCUUCUAUUCGUGUGUGGGCUCCUGUGCUUGUUUUUAUUCCACCGUCGAGUUUUGUUCCCAUCUAAUUUGUCUUUCUCUUCCACAACUUGUCAUUAUUCAUGAAUAAUGAAUAAUAUUCACAAUUCACA